UGCAGCGACUGUUGUCCGGUGCAUCGGCGCCCCUUGGUGGUCACUAUCAGAAGCGUUUGGCGAGGGAAGUGCCACCGUGUCCAAAGGUCAUUGUAUGAAACCUCCAAUCUGGAGCGAGGCGGCAACAACAGGAAGAAGAAGAUAGAGGAAUUCUCUAGGUCUUCUCGAGAGAAACUGGUCCAGUCGAAGAACAAGAUGUUCUCCAAAUUUACGUCCAUUCUCCAGCACGCCGUGGAAGCGCUUGCUCCAUCUCUACCCUUGCAAGAAGACUUUGUCUAUCACUGGAAGGGCAUUACACAUUAUUACAUUGAAACUUCUGAUGAUAAAGCCCCAGUCACAGACACCAACAUCCCAUCCCACCUGGAGCAGAUGCUGGACAUUCUGACCCAGGAGGAGGCAGAAAGGGAGUCUGGUGAGACGGGACCCUGCAUGGAGUACCUCCUGCACCACAAGAUCCUGGAGACCCUCUACACGUUAGGCAAAGCAGAUUGUCCUCCUGGGAUGAAACAGCAAGUCCUCACUUUUUACACAAAGCUGCUCGCUCACAUUCGUCAGCCGCUUCUGCCACACAUCAACGUCCACCGACCUGUACAGAAACUGAUCCGGCUGUGUGGUGAGGUUCUAGCUGCACCUACAGAAAAUGAGGAGAUCCAGUUUCUUUGCAUCGUCUGUGCCAAACUAAAGCAGGACCCAUACCUUGUCAACUUCUUCCUUGAGAACAAAUCAAGGAGACCAGAGAUAAAGAGUCCUGCUGCUGCAGAGGGGGGGAAGGAAAGUGUUCUGGCACCAGAUACGGGCCAGUCUCAGGCAGAUCAUCCUGGAGAGCCUCAAGCCGCAGCUGCUGCUGCCACCUCAAGCCCAGCUGCUAACAAUAACAAUACCAACAACUACAAUCUGGUCACCUCGCUGCUUAACCUCACAAAGAGUCCAGAUGGCAGGAUAGUGGUGAAAGCAUGCGAGGGCUUGAUGCUCCUUGUUAGUUUGCCUGAGCCAGCUGCUGCAAAGUGUUUAACAGAAAACACGGAGCUCUGUGAGCUUCUCACCGACAGGCUGGUCUCGUUUUAUAAAGCUCUGCCGCCAUCCAUGGACCCCCUGGACAUCGAAACAGUGGAGUCGGUCAACUGGGGUCUAGAUGUAUACAACCUGAAAGAGGACGCUGCUGUCUUCACAGGGAAGAGAGCUCUGAUAUCCUUCCUGUCUUGGCUCGAUUAUUACGAUCAGCUCAUCAAGGAGGCGCAGAAGUCGGCCGCUGCAGUGAUGGCGAAGGCUGUGAGAGAAAGAUUCUUUGUGUCUGUGAUGGAGCCGCAGCUCAUGCAGACAUCUGAGGUGGGAAUCCUGACCUCCACGGCGCUGCUGAACCGCAUCAUAAGGCAGGUGACAUCCGAAGCGCUGCUGCAGGAGAUCGUUUACUUUCUGCUGGGAGAGGACAAGGAGGCAGAAACUGUGGCUACCAUCGCUCAGAAUCCACUCAGACACAGACUCAUCGAGCACUGUGACCAUCUGUCAGAUGAGAUCAGCAUCAUGACGCUGCGGUUGUUCGAGCAGCUGAUCCAGAAGCCCAACCAGCACAUCCUGCACAGCUUGGUGCUGCGCAGCCUGGAGGAGAGAAACUACCUGGAGAACAAACCGCAGGAGGAGCGGGAGGAGCGAGAGCCCCUGGAGAACGGGCAGCCCCACGACGCUGUGGACCUGGAGGAGGAUCCGCUGUUUGGAGACGACCUUUCCCCGGACAGCAGGCUGUCUGGCUCUGACUGGCUCGGCUCCUCCCCCCAACACAGCCCCGAUCACUCAAAGUCUGACGGGAAAACCGAGGUCCACAAGAUCGUCAAUAGCUUCCUGUGUUUGGUGCCUGAUGAGGCCAAGUCGUCGUAUCACGUCGAAGGCACCGGCUACGACACCUACCUCAGAGACGCUCACAGACAGUUCAGGGACUUCUGUGGCGUCUGCCAGCGGUGGGACUGGAGAGGAAGUCCGAAGCCUCUGGAGAAAUGUAACUUGGACAUGCCGUUCUUUGAAGGUCACUUCCUAAAGAUUCUGUUUGACAGAAUGGGUCGCAUCCUUGAUCAACCAUAUGACGUCAACCUGCAGGUGACUGCCGUGCUCUCCAAGCUGUCCUUGCUGCCCCACCCUCACCUUCAUGAAUACUUGCUGGACCCUUACAUCAGCCUGGCCCCUGGCUGCAGGUCACUGUUCUCCGUCAUUGUCAGGGUGGUUGGAGAUUUAAUGCUGAGGAUUCACCGCAUCCCAGACUUCACCCCCAAACUGCUGCUUGUGAGGAAGAGACUUCUGGGCUUGGAGCCAGAGGGAAUCACCGUGGACCACAGUACGCUGCUGGAAGGUGUCAUUGUGCUUGAGGAGUUCUGCAAAGAGUUGGCAGCCAUCGCCUUCGUCAAAUAUCACGCAGUGGCUUCGUCCUCACCGUAACCGUCCUGCUGCUCCACCAUCUGCCUCUUCCAGGCGGGCGGGUCAGGACGAGCCGGGGUCUUCCGCAGGCGCUGGCGACAGGGUUGGCAGAAAAUUACCACUAACUGGUUUCACCUGCAAGACUGUUAGGAGCCCAGGUGGACGGGCUUCAUCAUCCCCCUUCCUCUGACCUCUGGGCAGGUCGGAGCGCAGACACUGCCCAGCCAGAGGACGAGACGGAGGACAGGGGUGUUGAUGGAGGUGCACAGACAUGUUCACUGGACUCUUGUUUUUGUUGUGUUGUUGUUGUUUUUUUUCCAACCUGUGCAGUUUCUCACUGCCCUUCUCUCCUCCAUCUUGUCUUCUACCUUUGGAAUGAAUGUGGAGUUUUAAUAUCAAGGAGUAAAUGUGUUUAUUUAUGUUUCAUCGCCUUAGUGUGGAGUCACACCUUUCAGUUACAGCAAAGUAUUUCUCAGUGGAAGAUUUUAUCUUUAAUCCCCGUUGUGUUGUCUGUUCGGAGAGAGAGAGGUUCCUGCACAAUCCAGAAGAUUUUCCAGGAUCAGAAAACUCCAAAAAAACAAAAUAUAUGGAAAUACUUUAUUCUUCAUCCAGUUGUCUAAAUUUUUCUUUUCUAUAUUUUUUUUCUUUCCUUCUGUCUUUAUGUUAUUUUAUUUUAUUUAUUCUGUCCCUCUUGUUAUUUCUUCCUUUCAUCUUUGAACAUUAAGACUGGAAAACUGAAUUUUGAGUUUAGGAUUUUCCAGGAUAAGAAAACAAAAUAAGAACAUGGAAACAAAAUUCUUUCCUUCCUGUGUCUUUUCUCUUUCCAUGCCGUACCUUUAAGCCUUGCUGAUGUCCUUCCUUUCUUUCUUGUCAUUUUUCUAUGCUCCUUCUCUUUUGUCAUUCUUUCCUUUCUUCUUUUGUUCCUGAAAAACUUUGCCGGGAAAAGUCUGGAUUUUGAGUUCCAUAUUUUCCAGAAUCAUAAAAUUAUGUAUAAACAAAAGUGAAUAAUAUGGAGACAUAUUUAUAUUCAUUUCCUAUCCAAUUGUCUAAAUUUCUUCCUUUAUUUCUGAGAAACAACAUGGUGUCCUCCUCCUUCCCUCUCCUGUAUUUCCCCUUUUCUGUCCUUAAUUUUCUUUCUGAUAAAGGAGUCAGGAAAAGUCUUACGUUUUUCUGAAUAUUGUGCAGGAACCAAGAGAAAAGCUGUAGAGGGGAAAAUCCCCUCACCAUCAACCCUUACUUACACAUAUCUGUAGUUAUAGUGACGUACUGCACUCAUUUUAAAUGC